AUGGAUUUCGAUAAUAGUAAUAGCUUUAUAAAUUUAAAAAAUAGCAAUUAUUUAAUCGACGAAAAUAAAGAUAUAUUAGAAUUUUACAAUCAAAACCCAAAUGGAUUAAUUACAAAAAAGCAAUUAAAGCAAAAUUUAAAAGAAAUAAUUUCAGAUGAUGAAUUAAUAGAGAGUAUAUUCAAAAACAUACCAUUUCAAAAAGUAGCACCAAUUAAAUUUAUAUAUGAAGGCUUUUUAAAAGAGUAUUCAAAAAUAUUUAAAGCAGAAGAUAAUAAGAAAGAAGAGUAUAACGAAGUUGUAUAUGAAGAAGAAGAGGAGGAAGAAGAUGAAGAUGAAGAUGAAGAAGAGGAAGAGAAUUUUUGCCAAAAAGAUUCAAAUUCAAAAACUUCAAUUGUUAUAUCCGCACAUAAUGACCAAAUAGAAAUAGAAAACAAUAAUAACAUCAAAUUGAACCUAAGCAACGAAAUUAAAAACUAUAUAAAAAAUGAAAACGAUUUAACAGAAAAUAAUUUAAUAUUAGAAGAAAAGGUUAAGAAAUUAAAAAUAGAAAUUAAAAAUUUAAAAGAUAUAGAAAAGAAAAAAAAAGAAUUAGAAAUCCAAUUUGAAGAACUUGUAGAAAAUGAUAAAGCAAAUAAAAAACAAAUAAAUGAUUUAAAAAAUCAAAUAAAUAAUU